AUGUUUCCGUGGUUUAUGAUUGCUCACACCAUAGUGUUCACCGUCCUGCUCUUGGUGACGGUGGUACCUCCGCUGUACAUAUACAACCCCGAGGAACAUCCCGGCGAGUCGCUUGGACCAAAUCCAGCCGGUGGCAUCUUUCCCGAUAGCCCCCCGAAUCACUGGGUGCGGCAGCAACUUUACAUACUCUUUGUGUUGCCCAGCUGUGCGUUUCUGAAUUCCAUGUUUGUCUACUUUACAUACUACCGUCACCUUCGUCAUGUGCAGUUUAGAGCAGAACUGAGCUCCGUGGCGCAUGCAAAUCUCAGGACAGCCGCCAUGAUCGUUGCGGAAGAACAGCAGGGUGUAGAGUGCAACGUAGACAAUGCGUUUGGAGGCAGUCGCAGCGGUGGCGGAGUGACAAAUCGCAGUCUACUUGCGUUGCGUCCUUUUUGUAGUAAAAGCAGCAUCAACUCUACGGCUUUAUACGCACGACGACACAUCCGACCGGAAGGCCUUUCCUUGCACAUGUAUUCCACCUCACCGUGGUUUCCCGAGUUGCGGGAACUGCAAAAGGUUGUCGAGGCGCAAUUUCUCCGACCGGCAGAGAAAACUCGGGAAGUUGUAUUUAGCUGCCUUCAUAAAGAUGUGCUGGUGCCCUUUGAGAAAAGGAUGAACUUGCAGGAGGGAAGCAUGGCGAAUGCCAUCCGUUUUCUUUCGGAUCGAGAAUCAAAGUGUGUGACGGAGCCGGGAAUGCGGGUGUACCUCACGGAGGUUGAGCUCAAAAGAAGGCGUUCGUUUAACAAUGAAAGCAUGUUGAGGUCAGAGCCAUCCGAAGAUCUUUUUUGA